AUGGGACGAUCGGAGGUGACAGGUGUCGUUGGUGCUCACACUGAAAUUUUGGCUGCGUUCAGAAGUCUCGUUUGCUCGUCAAGAGACGCAAGUGCUAGCAGACUACCGGUUAUCAUCUCCGAGGAAGGCGGCUCGCACCUAGAUCUACCAUAUGAAAUCCACGCUGUACCAUUCAUACUUAGUAAUUAA